AUGAGGCUUGAGGAUACAGCUGGAGCUCCCCAGAGUGAAACAAAGACUCUAAUAAAGAGGAAGAGCAAUAAAAUUCCUGUUAAUUUGGAAGCCAAAACUGUGGCACUUUUGGUAAAGUUCAUGUUAUCUUCAAUAUCCACCAAACUAUCACUUUCAACUGGUACUGUCUUUAGUGCUUCAUAUGCUUUGUAUUUUGAACUAAGCACAACCACCUCUUUCUCAUUUUUCAUUUUACUUCAACAGCAAGGUGAAGGUGCGCCAACGUUACGAAAAGGAACAUGCGCAAGACACUUAGCUGAUGUACACAAACUACUGCGUGGAGUUCAUGUGACGGUAAAUGCAAGAACGGAGGAGGAGGUUGAGCCAGAGUUUGUGAUGGCAGCGGUCUUAAAAGCAUCAGCUACGACCUACAACUUCAGCGAUCGGUCGGAGAUGAAUGACAAAACAACUCCAGUGGGAACCAAUUACAAGCGCACAAAUCCGCUUGCGGAAAUAGACUCCAAAUCGCGCAACAAAUUCUGGGAAGAGCAGGAGGCGGAAGAGAGGAGGAGGAAAACUGAAGAACAGCAGAAAAAGGAGGAGGAGCUGAAGAAACUUGAGAGUGAGAGAAGACAGAGAGAGAUUAUUGAUACUAAGCAAAGAGAGCAGUUAACCAAGGAGAGAAAUGCACGCAUAAUGUCAGAGCGCAAAGCAGAAGAAGCUGCUGCCCUACGAUGUGCUCAGAAGGAUGACCCAAAGUGGCAGCAAGAGCUAGAGAACCAACAGCGUGAAGAAAAUGAGCGAGCAAAACGAGCAGAAAUGAUGCGAUUGGAACGGAAAAAGGAGGCAGAAUCUCUCAUUGGGCACAGGACGCACUCAACACGCGCAAUCUUUGAGUCCUGCAGCAGUGCUAGCAACUCCCAGCCAUCAGCCCAAGACAGGAACCGUCCUCCCCCUCGCAAGUUAAAGGAAUUCAAGCCAGUGAACACCCCUGCAAGAGAAGAGAGUGAGGGAGGAACCUCGACGCCAGGCAGAGGAGUGGCUGCACGCUGGCCCCCUGCAGCUGAAUCACCACAACAACAAGUAACGCCCAAGCAACAGAGAGUUAAUACAAUGGGAUCAGUCAACGUAAACACUCCAGUCCAGUCCAUUGUUCCUGCAGCAUCCUCUCCCCCUGCUCCACCAAGUAAACAACCUCCAGAGUCGUCCAAACCUCAAACGGAGGUAGGAGGCAGCACAGGGUAUGUGAGGAACUUGCUACGAGAAGGCCUUCCUGCUCGACCUGACUCAGAUGAUGAGGACCAGAAUGCGGAGAAAGACGAGUGGGAGGAAGAUGCACCCGAGAGCCAACCACAACCACCACCACAGCUCCCACAACAGUCCCCACUUCGUAACACCACCACCACCACCAUUACUGCCAGCCCUGUCACCUUCCCUCCCAGUCACCACCACCACAACAACCAAAAUCCACCCGCGAAUCAGUCUCCUCCUCCCCCCCUUCCCUCCUCCUCCCCUCCAGCCCCAACCUCCCACCCUCCCCCAGUUCCCUCUUACAAACAACCCUCUACCCAGUCCACAGUCAUCCCAGUCUCACAGCAACACCACAGCGUGCCUCAGCCUCAACCUGAGAAUGAAUUCCAGGUUCCCCCACAUCACACUAAUGGUAAUGCAAAAGCAGAUAUAUGUGAUACCACGAUAGAAAUGGCAAAAGGAAGUUAUCAUAAGAAUAUUCCUGAGGAAGAUGAUCGCAACUUCAAGGUGCAGUCUGCAACUACAAAUGGUGCAGCUAACAGUAAUGUGACUUAUGAUACAACCGUCCAAAGCAAUUCGUCUGCUGUUGCCUCGCCCAGCGCAGAAAUUCCUGGUAUUGGCAUGAUCUAUGAAGUGGAUGGUGUAGAAUACCAGAUUCUGCCAGAACAUGGGCUCUGUGCGAGGGCCCUCUACGACUAUCAGGCUGCUGAUGACAGUGAGAUAACCUUUGACCCAUCUGAGAUUAUCACAAACAUCGACCAGAUUGACGAGGGAUGGUGGCAAGGCAUUGGGCCCGAUGGGAUGUUCGGUCUUUUCCCAGCCAAUUAUGUAGAGCUAAUCAACCAGCCGCCAGUUUGAGCUUCAGCCUAAGGUCCUAAUUCUGUAUUCUAGAGGAAAGGUUUUAGAGAGUGUGGCUCGUGGAUUGUCGCAUUCAUGGACGCACUCCAGUAUGUGUUUGUCGGUUUGGAAGGAACUUAUUGUAUUGAUAGUGGUACUUACUGUCAAAAGUUGUAAAUUUUAUCCGGUUAGAUAGUCUUUUGGAUCAGUAUUUAUGCAAGUAUUUUCAGAAUGAAAUUACAGAAGUAUACAAUGAGAUUGUAUUUGAUAGAUUUGUAAUCUCGGGUUAGGAUUCAUUCUACACACCUACAUGCAAAUGCUUCCAGACAUACACCCACACCACACCUACCCUGUACUCACACGCACACACACGCACACUCACACGCACACUCACACUCACACUCACACUCACACUCACACUCACACUCACACUCACACUCACACUCACACUCACACUCACACGCACACUCACACUCACACUCACACUCACACUCACACUCACAUCACACACACACACACACACACACACACACACACACACACACACACACACACACACACACCUACACACCUACACCUACACCUACACCUACCACACCUACACCUACACCUACACCUACACCUACACCUACACCUACACCUACACCUACACCUACACCUACACCUACACUCAAUUCUACACCUACCCUUACACCUACACCCACAUCUGUACUUUUACCCAUUCCUGUUCUCAUUGGGCAUUGCUACUCCCACUCAUACCCCCCACCCAUAAUUGGAUUGACAUCUGGUUGAUUUAAUAUGCAAAAAGAUAUAAACACAUAUUUAUAUAGAGUAGACGUAUACAAACACAUGUCCUCAUGCUAUAUACACACACAAAUAUGCACCCAAACACACUCUUACAACUCUGCAUUGUACAUUAUUUUUUCACCGGAGGCAAGAUGCAGUGGUUAGAAGUUUCCGAAAGUCUUUCCCUUCUUGGAUAUUUACGGAUUCCUUAAAAUUGUUAAGAGAUUGAAAACAGGAAAGGUAGUCUUUGAGAGUAUAAGCACUAUAUAAGUAUGGCGUAGGUACGUUAUACUAUUUUUAUACCUGAAAGGAGACUUUAUAUUUUGGAGUUGAGAAGGAAGAAGGUCUCUGGCUCUUGUCAAUGUACUUAAUAUAAUAUCUGUUUGAAGGAUUUUCUUUGCUUCCAUUUUUUAAAAUUUUGAGUUAUUUUUUUGUCUGUUGCACCUCCCUCUCCCUCUCAGAAAUUAAGUCAUACCCCUUUCAUGUUUUAUUACUAUUAUUACUAUAAUAAUAAUAAUAAUAAUAAUAAUAAUAAUAAUAAUAAUAAUAAUAAUUAUUAUUAUUAUUAUUAUUAUUAUUAUUAUUAUUAUUAUUAUUAUUCAUUACUCAUUACUUAUUCAUCAAUAUCUAUUAUUCAUUAUUAUUAUUAUUAUUUUCUUUUGGUGUGAGUACAAUUCUUCUGUGUUCUGUGACUUGCUAGCAUUAACUUAUUUGUAAUUACAGGAUGUUAUUGCCAUAUAUAUGUGUAUACACGUUUUGAACAUAAAACGCACUGUAUGAAAUGCAUAAUUUGGCAUAAAAAGGAGACUGUAGGAAAGCUAAAGCCUUGCUUUUGUUAAUUGUUAUUUGAUAGUAAGUACUGCUGACAUAUGUCUUCCCAUCUGGUUAUCAAUAAUACAUGUAGGUAAAAGGAAAUUAUGAUAUAAAGAUCUUUAGUUUGGAAUACAUUAUGUUCCCAUUUCAAAAGCAAUUAACUAGGGCCCAGUUAACUAGAAAUUUGCCUUUUUAAUAAAACCAUCUUGGGGUUGUGGAUGAUGGUGCCUCAUUGCAGUGUGUUGGAAAAAUGUCUUCAGAUUUUUUAUUCUUUACCCUUGAGUUUGAGUUUAUAUUUAUGGGUGGCUAAAUUAAGCAGAUUAAAGAGUAUUAGGAAAAAGGAAAACAAAAAACUAUAUUGAAAGGUAAACACGCCAAUAAAAACAUCAGUAGAGGAAAUUCUCUACUGAUUUGCCUGCAAUAUAUUGAAGAGUUCCUUUGUGAAAAUUAAUUCCACUAGUUAACAAUUAUAAUAAUAGGUCAGUAAUAAUGUGUAAAAGAGUCCAUGGAAAUUUAUGGUUGUUGACGUGUGACAUUGUUCUCGGCUGAAGCUGUUCAAAGCUUAUUGCAGGGAAUGUGUUGAAUAUUGCUAAGUUGUGUUGUAAUUCUGUAUAUUUUAACAGAUUGUUGAUGUUAUGUGCUACAAUCUUAAGUUUUGAACUGUACCUUCUAUGUCAUAUUUUAAUUUUGCUGUCAAGUAAUGUCUGGGUUUGAAAUUCAGAAUUGCUGUCAAGGCAGUUGCAGUGUUAAUAUGGGUUGCUUGAGUGUUAUCGUCAGUAGCUAACAAAUUUCAUGUUACACGUUUGAUUUAAUUUCUCUCUUUUGCCUUCAAAAAAGGAAAAUUUGAAUUAAUCUUGUAAAACAGUUAGCCCAGUGAAAGAAACCCUUAUUAACAAUGCAGUGUUUCAAAUACUGGAUUUCCACACAUUUCCAAAGUGUUAUGGCGUUUCGCACUUCAAGCCUUGGUAGGUAACACGGUGAAUGCUAGGUUGUACGUACUGUGACAUUUCCAGGUGAUUCAGGUGCUUUUAUUUCACAGUUUUGUUUUUAAAAUCUUUUAGGCCAUGGUAUCAUAGUCACCAGGGUAAUUACAUUUUUUUUUUUUUUUUUUUUUUUUUUUUUGGUUUGUUUCUGCAUUUUUAAAGGAAGAAAUGUGCAUUUUGUAUAAGGAUUUCAUAUUAAGAUAAAUAAAAAAAUAAAUCAUAUGUGUUAAAAAGCGAUUAGGUAUAUAGUAUUAUUUAAAUGCAGUAUUGCAAAAAAAAUGGGUAUCUGAAUUAUCAAUUAGUUUCACUGUUAAACCACAUGGCACACUAAUAAACAUAAUAUUUCUUGCAGUAACUAAUAAACUUUAGCGAAUCCAGUGUUAGAAGAGGGAAUGCUUCUCCGAGUGUCAUGCAGCUUCAUAAAAAAAAGAAAAUAAUAUAUUGCCUUGCAUGCCCAAUAAGGGAAGCCAAACAGCACUGGAACUUAUAAGUAAUGAAGCCUAGUUAGGAGAUCCUGCAAUUUGAACAUUGAUAUUAGUGUUUUGUAUGUUAAACCUAUAAUUGUUAUUUUCCAAAAAUAAAAAUUUGUGAUGAUUAAAA